CAUAGUCAGAGAGAGAUAGCAUAAGAGGAGACCAGUUUUGCGCGAAUUCAGUUCCUCUCCAAACAUCACUUCCAUUUCAUUUCUUAACAACCUUUCUCUGUUCUGCUCCUUCUACUUCGUUUUUUCCUAAGUUUUUCAGCAGCCACCCACCAUAAUAAUAAUAAUAACCUAUUCAUACAAAGUUGACUUGUACUUUAGUUGUCUUUCUUUCCUCUUUUAUGCUUCUGCCACCUUAUUCUGAUCAAACUGCUUCACACCUUUUUGCGCCGUCCUUAUUCUCUAAUUCUGCCAACUCUCCUUUUCUUCACCUGUUAGAGGUUCCGCGAAACAGGGGCCUGGUGAGUGGAUUCAAAAACUAGAGAACAAGACUACCCUGAUAAGCAGUAAUGGGAAAGGACCUGAUUUCUUCCGACCAGACCGCUAUUCAAAUUCAGGACAAUAAUCCAGGAUGCAUGUGGGGCAUGCUUAAAAUUCUUGAUUACCAUCGUUGGCGCGUAAAAAAGGUGUUUCCCCACAAAAGGAGAAGACAUGCCACAUAUAAGAGAAAAACCAUUUUGUAUAACCAACUUGAUGACCAACAAGAUGGAGUUACAGAAUGGGAGCCCCUCCUGGUCAGACAAGAAAGCGAAAAACUGCAUGCUGCAGGCAAAAGUUCUCCCAGAUACAACCAAAAGGAAACACGAACUGGAAAAGAGUUUAAGAAAGAAUACUCCAAAGGCAGUGAUACCAUGGACUACUCGAGGAAAAACCAGGCCAGUAAGGAGUAUGGACUUCAUCUGGAAAAAAAUGGCAAGACAACAGAAGCUUACCUUAACCAUAAGCCUACGGAAAUAAACAAGCAUAAUGGCGACAUUUCCUAUAAAUUUGAGAAACAUUCUGAUGUUUUUGAGUUUCUUAGGGUGGAGAAGGAUUUAUUACUCAAAUUUCUGCGAGACAUGGACUUCAGUGGGAAAAAAUUCCAUCAACCUUCCCAAACCAAAGCAAGAUUGACAAAAUGUGGGUCAUUUCCUUUAGCCUCAACUUCACAGAUGAGGAACAUUAGCUCUAGGUCGUUAAAACACAAGCAAAACGAAAUUUAUCCAAAGGGAGAAAAACUGUUUGAUGUUACCCAGGAAUCAAACAUGUCAAUGUCCAGUUUUGUGAAAGAUAUUUCUUAUGAGAAGCCACGAACUUUGGUGAGUGAUCUUGGUGUUGAUAGUGCCAUGAAACAAAAAGCAAUUAUUUCUUCAAGGUCUUCUCAUGAAUCAAAUCACAGAGGGUGGAAUCAGUUGGUUCUUCAUCAAUUCAAAGCUAUAAAGCAGAAGAUAAAACAUGCUCUUGUGGAAUUCAGAAAAAGUGGUAAGCAAACUUCUGCUGAAGCUAUCCAACACAGAGCUUCGCCUGAAUAUAGCAUCAUCAAUAAUGAGGAAGAGAUCUCGCAAAGUUUACAAGAUGGCGUGGUUCAAGUAUACAAAAGGAGCAAAAGCUCAAAUGAAACUAAAGCUUCUGAUUAUGAUUCCAACAGACAUGAUGCCCGGCUCAUGCGGAGAACAUCUUCUCUAAAUGAAUCAUUGGAUAGAUAUACUCAGUUGUUCGAGAAAAGCUUCAGCAAAGAAGCUAAGUGGCAAAGCUCAAAGUCUAAAAGCUUAAAAUUGACACACGAGGAUAGGAUCCACAAGAGUGCACAUGUUCCUAACUUUUCAAGAAGUAAUUUCUCUAUGCCUAAUCUCGAGACUUUAGGCUUCCUUGUACAAGAGGUACUUUUUGAUACAAAUGAUGUAGGGAAUACCGAGGAAACUUAUGAUCGUGUUCAUAGAAAAUCAGUGAGUCUUCCUUUGAAGAUGGAUAAAUCACUUGAUAAUUUUAAAGAGGUUGAAAUUGUGGAAACAGAUAAGAUUUUGGAGAAAAUUGAUGAAGUUACCUGUGACCAAAAGGAGGACAUGGAUGAGGCAGCAGUGGGGGAUGAAAGUUUUACACAAGAAAUAGAGGAAAUGAGUAAUAUGACUGCCUAUCUUAGCAAGGAGGUGAUGCCAACUCUUGAAACUGCCUGCGAGGACAAUAUAACCAGCCACAAAGAAGGCACAGAAUUGUAUACCCAAGUCUCUACAUUGGAGGAAUUGGAAGCUGAUUUAUCAGAUAAAGGAAGUGUAUGGCCAGACUCUUCAUCCAACAGAAAUGCAAGUGGAAUAACAGCUGAAGAUACAGAUUACCCUUCCAAUUUCAAAUAUUUAAAAAAUGUUCUUGAAUUUUCGGGAUUCUUGGGAAAUGAGCACAGUCAGAUGCGAUACACAAUAGACCAGCCACUGAAGCCCUCCUUGUUCAAAGAUUUGGAAGCAAGUUUGCUGCAUGAAAUAGAAGCCUCUGAAGAAGAGACAACCAACCAUUAUGAUCACCAACUCAUUUUUAACUUAGUGAACGAGGUGCUGCUCGAAAUUUAUGGAAGGUCACCAACUUACUUUCCAAGACCAUUCUCCUUCAACCCCCGCCUCCAGCCAAUGCCUAAAGGGAACUAUCUUCUGAAUGAAGUGUGGACUAGUGUUAAUUCAUACCUGACCUUGAGACCUGAGCUAGAUCAGACAUUAGAUGAUGUUGUGGGUCGAGAUUUGGCAAAAGGAAGAGGGUGGAUGAUCCUUCAAGAGGAAGAGGAGUACGUAGCACUUGAACUAGAAGAGAUGAUAAUGGAUGAUUUGUUUGAUGAAUUUAUCUUCUCAUGAAGUCUGCUUGAUCAUGGUUCUGCUCAGGAAAUUCUGCUAGCUGAUCCAGAAGUUAAGCAACUUGGACUGUAUUGAUCGUAGAAGGUGAAGAUGAAGAGGACAAAAGGGACAGCCAUAGAUUCCUGUGCAUUUCAGCUCCAUGUCGAUUUUUUCAUGCGAAUAAGAUUCAUAUGUAUAUUAACUUAUAAAUAAGGUUGUCUGGUAUAUGUCAUGUAAAGUUCCUCGUGGAUUUUGGUCAUUGGCGUGAUUGAUUAUCUUGUAAAUAACAUAUGAGUGACGUGUUUUUGCUUACACCUUGUACUGGGUUAGUGUAGACAGCACUUGAUGAAAAUUCAAUUUCUAGAGACCAACACAGCGUUUCCUGCACUUAUAAUGUUGUGCUUAGUUUAUACUUGCUCUACAGUUUUGCUAAUAAUAG